AAAACUUCAGGUUCACAAGAAGAAAAAAUACUUCGCCAGUUUGGAUUUCAAAGGGUGGACGAGGCCAAUGUUCUCAACAUCGCCCGUCUCUUAGUCCCCGAUGUCGCCAUGUUCACAAUCUCUUUAAUAACAUUUAUAGUGUGUUGGAAACUCAACCCUCCCCCCAGACCUUCAGACCCCCAGCAACCAGUACGCAGAAGUUCACUUCUCAGUCACAAAAAGGUGUCCUACCAACAGUACAUACAGGAUCUUGGCGAUGUCAUAGCAAUUUUAUUUCUGGGCGUGGCCGGGAUAGCCCAUCCGUCUGUUAUCUCUGCGGUGUAUUUUCUGUCAUUUUUGUUUAUUGCCACCUGGUGGGCCUGUUAUCGCGGGCUGGGGCAGUCGUACAGGCGGUUCCGGUUGGUCCUGCUUGUGUUCAGCGGGGUCCACUUACUGCUGUUGUAUCUGUACCAGUUCCAGUUCUUCCAGGAGAUUCUGGAUCAUGAGGACUUUUAUGCAAGACUGUUUGGGCUUACGGGGAUCAUAGAGACUAGCUGUAGUAAAGCCUGGGAGGUGGAGUUCUACGUCAACCCAUGGCCAGUCUAUGUGAGCCCCGCGGUCAUCCUGGCAUUUUACUGGAUCCUGGCAAUUGAAGUACGACUCUGGAUGUCACAUAUCUCAGACGUUGAGCAGCACCCCCCUGGCAGUGAUUCAGCAUCCCCUAGCAUGCUGCGUGCUCACAUGAAGCGACCAAAGUCUCGUAGCCGCGCUGUGUCAGAGAAGCAGGUAGAGAAGGAUCCAGCAGAAGAGACGACUCCCAAGAUGCCUGAUUUAACAGGAGGUAGCAUACAGCGUUUGGUGGAAAACGAGGAUCGGCCCAUCAGUUACAACUCUCUGGAGCCUGUCCCCCCUGACUCCCCCAGUCACCAGGACAGUCCUCCUCUGGCCAAUCAGGCCACAACUGACCAUACCAAACCACAGAGGUCUAUAUGGGGGACUAUUUUCUUCUACCUGAUGAGGCAGAGCUAUAUUGUAACCCUAGUUGUCAUGAUGCUUUGGAGCAUAACCUACCACAGUUGGUUGACCUUUGUGUUCCUAUUGGCUGCUUGUAUUAUCUGGAUGACGCCCCACUCUCGCACUGUCUGCCUCCAUGCCUCCCCUGUCAUAAUCCUGUACGCCCAUUGCUUGCUGAUCAUUGGCUACGUGUUUGGUCUCAGUAUUGAGAAGGAGCUGCCAGGGACAGAGACCUAUGAGGAGAUUGGGUUAAACCGCUAUCCAUACCCUUGUCUGCCUCUUGGCGUAAAGGUUAUCUAUACGUUCUUCUUCUGGCUGACGCUGCGUCAGUGGCGUAAGGAGACCACUCUGAACAAACAGCUAGAGCUGGAGAAGGGGCUGGAGUUGGAGGCCCGCCAAGAUCAAGGCAGACAGGAUGUUGGUCAUACUGACGGCAAAGACAGUGACACCAUGACCAAAAUAGGAAAAGCUGUGAUGAGUUUCCUAUCCAAGUAUUGGAUAUUGGUUUGUUCUGCUAUGAUGUUAGCUAUGGGUAUAAUAGACAAACCCGUGCUGUACAGAUGUGUCUAUAUGCUGCUCUUCUUGCUCUAUAUCAUCAUAUUCCAGCUGUCGUACAAAGUCUGGAGGUUCGUCCUGUAUGUGUUCUGGUGGGUGGUUAUCAUCUACUCAAUGCUAGUCCUCAUCCUGAUCUACACCUACCAGUUCAACGCCUUCCCCAGCUACUGGAGGAAUGGCACAGGACUGUCUGAUGACAUACUGGCAGACAUAGGACUUGAGCAGUACGAUGUGGCAGGGUUAGUGCUCAAGAUGCUCACCCCCACUGUAUUCCUGAUCAUGGUGAUACUACAAGUACACUACUUCCACAAACCCUUCAUGCUGAUGAGUGAUGUCAAGAGAUACUUGUUGCCGGGGCAGGAGUUUGAGUUACAGCUGUGGAAGCCAGCGCCCCCUGGUGAGGCCACAGAUGGGGAGCAGACGGAGGGCGAGGGGGAAGAUGAGGGUGCUGAAAAGAAGAAAAAGAAAAGAGGACUCCUGAGUUCCAUGAAGCACUAUUCGGACACUUUGUGGGAAAAAGGAAGUGAGUGGUACAUAGUGCUGUACAGAAUCCAAGUGAACAGGCCUUUGAGUAUGAAAGGAACUGGGACUAUUGUUGCAUGGCCUGUUGUCAGAGCUGAUGACAAGGAAGAGAGUUUUCUUAUGGUUUUAGACAUUGAAGUGUGUGGCGAGAUGACAGAAAUAGGGACAUUAUUUUAG